GGGCGGUGGGGGAUUAGGGUUGGGGCGGGGGACAGGGGGCGGUGCUGAAAGCCGAGGGGUAGAGACAGAGCUGAUUCUUUCGCGUCUCUGCGAGAUCCUGCGAGCAACUCGGACCAGCGUGCGGGGCGCCCAGCAGCGUCGCACCUCCACCUUCCACCAUGGCCAAGACGGUGAAAGACGUGCCCUCUCACGAGUUCGUGCGCAACUAUGCCGCCCACUUGAAGCGCUCCGGCAAGAUUGAGGUUCCUACAUGGGCCGAUCUUGUGAAGACCGCCACUUUCAAGGAGCUCGCUCCUUAUGAAUCUGACUGGUAUUACAUAAGAGCCGCCUCCAUGGCAAGGAAGAUCUACCUGAGGGGAGGAAUUGGCGUGGGUGCCUUUAAGAAGAUUUAUGGUGGCCGCAAAAGCAAUGGAGUUAGGCCUUCUCACUUUGCCAAGAGCAGUGGUUCCAUCGCUAGGCACUGCCUAAAGCAGCUAGAGGCCUUGAACAUCGUCGAAAAGGAUCCCAAGGGAGGAAGGCGCAUCACUUCCGAUGGACAGCGCGACUUAGACCAAGUUGCUGGGCGCAUUGCUGUUGCUGCGGCUUAAUUUUAUGGGAAAGAAGUAGGCUUGAUCACCAUGUGCUGAGUGACACUGUAGGGCUUUGCCUCACAGCAGAACUUCUAGGUUUCCGACUCCAUGGAAUUCUAUUCUCUUGUUCUGUGUUGCACAGCACAAUGCAGUACCAUUCAUCUUUAAUCAAAAUGCAGUUGCUCAUCCAGUAUC